AGACUGUGCCUCCGGGUCGCGGUCAUUUUGAGCCCCUGUCUGGGUGACUUCUUGCGGCUGUCCGCCCCCUCCCCCUCCCCGCGGUACCUUGCACUUUUCUCUCUCCCUGCCCCCUCUGGAGUCCCCCCUGCGGCCUUCUGUCCCUGAUCGCUUGGGUUCGCCUUGCCAUCGCCUGCUGCUGUGGUCGGAAGGUAGGUGAGGUGCCCCAGACAGCCCCGUUGUUGCUCUCCGCGUAUCCCCUCACCACCUUCGCGGCCGUCCACGACAUUCGCACCUUCCGCCAUUUUCCUGCCUGUGAGGGUGGACAGAUCGCGCUCGGGUCUCGGCCUCCUGAGUGCCCGUGACCGCAGGAAGCGACGGAGUGCUUCUGGGGGUGUGAGCUGGGGAAGUUCGUGGUCACGGAUGCGUGUGGGGUUGUUGCUCAGUCUGUAACAGCAGGAAAAAUGAAUGGGAGGGCUGAUUUUCGAGAGCCGAAUGCAGAGGUUCCAAGACCAAUUCCCCACAUAGGACCUGAUUACAUUCCAACAGAGGAAGAAAGGAGAGUCUUCGCAGAAUGCAAUGAUGAAAGCUUCUGGUUCAGAUCUGUGCCUUUGGCUGCAACAAGUAUGUUGAUUACUCAAGGAUUAAUUAGUAAAGGAAUACUUUCAAGUCAUCCCAAAUAUGGUUCCAUCCCUAAACUUAUAUUUGCUUGUAUCAUGGGAUACUUUGCUGGAAAACUUUCUUAUGUGAAAACUUGCCAAGAGAAAUUCAAGAACCUUGAAAAUUCCCCCCUUGGAGAAGCUUUACGAUCAGGACAAGGACGACGAUCUUCACCACCUGGGCACUAUUACCAGAAGUCAAAAUAUGACUCAAAUGUGAGUGGUCAAUCAUUUGUGACAUCCUCAGCAGCAGACAACAUAGAAAUGCUUCCUCAUUAUGAGCCAAUUCCAUUCAGUUCUUCUAUGAAUGAAUCUGCGCCCACUGGUAUUACUGAUCAUAUUGUCCAAGGACCUGAUCCCAACCUUGAAGAAAGUCCUAAAAGAAAAAAUAUUACAUAUGAGGAAUUAAGGAAUAAGAACAGAGAGUCAUAUGAAGUAUCUUUAACACAAAAGACUGACCCCUCAGUCAGGCCUAUGCAUGAAAGAGUGCCAAAAAAAGAAGUCAAAGUAAACAAAUAUGGAGAUACUUGGGAUGAGUGAAAAAUUACAUCAUUGGACCUACUGAAGGAGUUUCAACAUCCAGCUUCAUCUAGGUGGUCAUGAUUACCUGCAUGCUUUGAGAUUAGCAGCAGUCUUCAUAAACACAUUUAAAACAAGAUCCUGGGUUUUUGUGGUUUGACUUCUCUGGCGUGUUAAAAAAAAAAAACGCAGAUUUUUAGUGUUAAUAUUGUGUAAAUGUCCUUACCUUGGGGAUUCAUUUGAAUGAUGGUAUUAUACCAUGACUGUAUACAGUUUGUGAAAUUGUUGCAAGGGCAAAGACGCUCUCAUAAAACCAGCAAGAGAUUACAAUGCUCUAGAAUGAGCAUAUAUGAAAAUAAAUGAUAUCUGCAUGUUGAAUUGGGGUGGGUGGGGGGAGCAAGCAUAAUUUUUAAGUGUGAAGCUUUACAUUAAGAAAUUAUUAAAAAGCUUUUUUUCUCCGGUAUUUGCUGUAUUAUCUUAAUGUUUAUGUCAAAUAAAAUGUAAAGGAACAUGCA